AAUGGGUACCCAAUGAAAUUCAUCGAAAAACAUAUGACGGAGAAGAAAACAAGGACAAAAAUACCCACUGUCCCCAAGAAGGUAUUAUUCAUAAAACUACAAUUCAUAAAUGACACCAUUGAAGAAGUCAUGACUCAGAAACUAAGAAGAGCUGUACAAAAAACAUUUAAUGCUGCCAAAUUAAAUGUCAUCUUCUACAACCACCCGAAAAUAAGAACAUCCAUUAAAGACAGACUGCCAGAAUUCGCCAAAUCUAUGUGUAUCUAUCGUUUCAACUGCUCCUGUGGGGCCAGUUACAUAGGGCGUACAAUUCGACAGGUCCGUCACCGUAUUACAGAACAUCAUCCAACAUGGCUAAGCAAAGGAUAGGUGAAAGUGAUUAAAAGUUCUAUUCUCUCUCAUUUGGUUGACACAGGUCAUCAAGUCGAAGUGAAUAAAGCUUUUAAGGUUAUCUACAAUAUUCCAUCAAAUCUACCACAUGGUUUACGAGUGCGCCUUUUGCACAUUGCGGAAGCCAUCGCAAUCCAUGUUCACAAACCUGACCUUUGCAUCCAAAAGAAAUUCGUACAACCACUUUCUCUACCCUGGCCUUCAGUAUAAAAUUUCCGUCAGAAGAACUAUUUUUCAUACUUCUUCCAUUUUUUAUUUUAAUUUUAAAUUUUUGUAAUUUUGUUUCUAUCGCUUUUGAGCCUUAUAACUUCUCAACAUUAAUCUCUUGAUUCUUACGUAACUACUAUCCUAUUGACCAUCCGGUAAAAUUCUAUUCCUUCUUCGUUUCUUAUAUUACGCAACAUAGCAACUUCUUGAUUACUUUGAAUAUUAAUAAUCCUCUUUCUUCCA